AUGACGCUUUUCCACGACCCUCUAAACCUCAACCAAUACAAAACAACUAUAUCCGAACCAAAAAAGAACUGGGUCCCAAUCUCUUUCAGCGACGAAAAGGAAAAGCUCACGGGAUUCUACAUAGAGCAAAAUGAAAUGAUCGAGGGCUUCCUCACAGCCGGCGAGGAAGAGCGCCUGAAAGCCGAAGACGAAGCCCAGAACGGCGCCCAGAACGGCGGCAAAGUAAAGCUCGCCGUGCGCGCCAGCUUCACAGUCAACUUCUUCCUCUUCGUCAUCCAGCUCUACGCAGCCGUCACCACGGGCUCUCUCGCGCUCUUCGCCACCGCCGCAGACGCCUUCAUGGACCUCGUCUCGUCGGUUGUGAUGCUAGUCACGUCGCGCAUGUCCUCGCGCCCAAAGCCAUACAAGUACCCAGUUGGCCGGCGUCGCGUCGAAACAAUGGGCGUCAUCAUGUUCUGCGCGUUGAUGACCAUCGUGGCGGUGGAGCUGAUCAUAGAAUCGGCCAAGGCGCUUGCGGCGGGAAAAACUGAGUCCGAGCAGCUGGAUCUCGUGCCGCUGGUCUGCGUGGGUGUCGCUAUCUUCUCCAAGUUCUGUAUGUUCUUGUACUGCUAUGGCUUGCGGCGAUACCCGGCUGCGCAUGUCUUUUACAUUGACCACCGCAAUGACUUGGCUGUUAAUGGGUUUGGGUUGAUCAUGUCGAUUGUGGGUGAUCGGUUCGUCUGGUAUCUUGAUCCCAUUGGUGCUUGCUGCAUUGCGCUGCUUAUCUUGUUUUCGUGGGCGUCGACUGCGUUUGAUAAUAUGUGGUUGAUUUGUGUCUAUGUGACGUUGACGCACGACCAGAGGAUUCAGAAGGUGGAUACGUGUCGCGCUUAUCACUCCGGACAGCAACUCUAUGUUGAGGUUGAUAUCGUCAUGGACCCUGAGACUAAGCUUCGGGAGUCUCACGAUGUAAGCCAAGCGCUGCAGCGGAAGUUGGAAGGUCUCGCGGACGUCGAGCGAGCCUUUGUGCAUGUCGAUUAUGAUUAUGAGCAUGAUGUCAACGAGGAACACAGGCCACUCUAUGAGAUUGGUGGAGCGAAGCACUCUACCAGAGCUUUGGUGAAACGAUUGUGGUCUAAAAACGAGGAGAAGACAGACGGGACUGCUGUGUGA